CUAUUUUAAGCGCGUCAGCCACUGGCGAUGCCAGCAUGUCUUUCUGUGCCUUCUCCGCAGCUCACCGGAUCAGAGCCAGCAUGUCCUCAAGCCGGUCCAGCAGGUCCAGCAGGUCCAAUCGGCAGCGUGGCUUGGAGGUGUCACCCCUGUGGCUUCUCCAAAAGGCCAAGAACCACACCGGCUACGGUUGGGAUGGCCGUGUGAACCCUUCAGAAGUGCAGAGCUCUGCUGUGUCCGGGGACACCCCAGACUGGUUCAUAGGCCCCAGGACGUUUGAAGGGCCUUUCCAUUGCAAGUCGGUGCCGGUGAGAAGGUGUCCGGAUGUGAAGUGCCUGCCCACUGGUGAGCUGGUCUACACCACGAAGACCUUUCAUCAAGGACACUUCCUGGAUAUCUCGGAGGUGCAUCGCAGCUACGACGGCAAGGGUCGGAUGCUGGGGGAGCCGAAGAGAGUCACUCUGGCUGGCUCCUCCCCUCCGCAGAUGCUGCUUCAGUACCCCGAAAUGAAGACACCGCCGUGGUUGGAAAAGGCGAACACCAAUCCAGCCAAGACCAAUCACUUGGCGCACGGCGGAUGCUCAGUGAUCAAUGAUAGCUUAGGUAGUAGCUCGAGGGGGAAGAUCUAGAGCAAAGUACCUCUGGCAGAGUGCUCUGCAAAAGGGGCUUAAGAUGCUCGACCCGUUCU